UGGAAGUAUAUGAACUGGUGAAUAGAAAAUGACUUCCAGAAGAACAGAAGACCGUCACAUAGACCUUAUAAAUAAGUUGCUGCUGAAGUCCGGGAUAGAAUGUGUUAGAACAACAAUCGAUUCGGAAAGAUCGACUUCAGGGUCAAGAGAAAGCGAAGAUCAAGGUAAAGUUGAACAAGUAGAGGAACAACAUUCAGAGCCAGAGCCUGAAGAAGAAAGCAUAAUUGAAGUAGAAGAAGAAGAAACAGAGGAGCAGAAGAUAUUUCCAUCGCCGUCAUUGAGAAGAGUCCUGUCCGAUCACAAAAGAAAGCUUGAAAGUCAACUCAGGAUUCACGUAUUGCCUGAUGAAUUCAAGACACAUAUAGAUCCAAAUUUGAUACCGCAUAUAGCAUAUACGGCCCCUCAGAAGUAUAUGGAUAUCUUGGGAGAACUGACAGGUUGUACUCGGUAUAAAUCAAGUCUGGCUGAGUAUUGGGUUCUUGAUACUUUAGCUAAUUUGCUGAGAAGGGCGCAGGAGGACCAGAUGGAUAAAGAAUCACAAGCAGUAUUAAUCCUCUGGUUCUGCGAGUGGAUGAAAGAGAUGCAGCAGUUCGAUGCAGCUGACCGGCAACGAAUGUUAAGAAGGUUCAAGGAUACUAUGCUAUCGGCUGCAAGAGUCGUUGCCGAAUAUGAUCACCUGCCGACUCCUGCUGAAGCUGGCGUGCAUUACAAGAGUCAAGAAGACACAGAGAGCCACGUCACCUCGAAGGUGUCAAACGCAAGACACCUGGUCACCUUUGAGGGCGGAGUGUAUGAAUGUUCCUUGCUCAAUCUGAUCAAUAUCAUACAUUAUUUGUUCGAUUUAUUCAGUACUGACUACCAGUUCGACCUGGUACGCUCGGUGUUCACUCAUACUCCCGACUACAACCUGAUUGAUGCACCAUACCAGAUACGUAAUCCGAAGCGGCUUUUCGCGCCGCUCAAAUUGAAACCCAGGAAAGAAAGGACGCCCAAGAAGGAACAGAAGCCGCAAAAAGGCAAGAAGAAAGAAGUGGACACCGAUGAAUAUUUGGCACUUUUAGAGCUCAAAGCGCGCGAUGAACGGGAGCAAGAAGAACAAGAAGAGAGGGAUCAAUUAGAAUGGCAUCGACGUACCAAUAUCCUGCCGUUACAGUUCGCAGUAGAUGAUGAGUUCUUCGACAAAUACUGGCCUCCGCCUCCACCAGAACCAGAACCUGAGCCGGAACCGGAGCCCCAGAAGAAGGGAAAAGGGAAGAAGUGAUAAUAUUUGCCGCAGAAAUAAACAUUAAAUGUUUUCUUUACGUACAUACAUACAUAAGUACAUAACGGAAUCGAACUAUCUCGCGAGUUAUACAUAGCUGAACUACUUACCU